GUAUCCUAAAUUUUCUCGUCUUCCUCGCGACUGGACUUUAUCGGCGGCCAGGUGAGCCCCGGCCACGGCCGUCGCCAGUUCGACGGAAUGCCUCCUAAGAAGAAGCGCAAGAGUCCACCGCCGGUGAGCGUCGCGGACCGUAUCAGCGCCCUCCCCGACAGUCUCCUCCACCACGUGCUCUCCUUCCUCCCAGCGCAGGCCUCCGUACGGACGUGCGUGCUUGCUCGGCGCUGGCGCCACCUCUGGAGGUCCACCACAGGCCUGCGCAUCGUCGGCCUUGAUGACGAGGUGGAAUUAGAUGUUGAAGAUCUCCGGAAGUUCGUGGACCAUCUGCUGAUCCUGCGUGAGCGCACCGACCUACACUCUGUCGAGAUCAAAUUCAAUGAAUUCUGUGAGGAAGACCAGCCAUAUGUGAAAACAUGGGUCCGUUUCGCUUUGAUGUGCAAAGUUCGCACGCUCACCCUUCAUGUCGGUGCCUCUGAAUAUCUCGACCUAGACGACCUGCCUCUUGUCUCUCGGCAUCUGAGAACAUUAGACCUUGAUGGUGUAGGCCUACAAGAGACCUUCCUUGAUUUUGGUAGCUGUCCAGUAUUGCAGGAUCUGAAGAUGAGUCAUUGCGACAUCAAUGCUUGUAGGAUAUCCUCCCAUUCCCUAAAGCAUUUGACCAUCUAUUGCUGCCACAACCACUUCGAUUGCCGGAUCCAUGUUUCUACUCCGUGCCUUGUCUCUCUGGAACUUAGUCAUUUUUCUGGUAGAACACCGUUUCUUGAAAACAUGGCGUUGCUAGAGAGUGCACAUGUGUAUCUUAGCGAUUACUGCCAAGAUGUCUGUUUGAAUUAUGACUCUGGUGUUUUCUGUGGAGCUAAUAAUAAUGCAUGUAAGAAUUGUGUUCCUAUUGAAGACGAUUGCAGCAGAGAAUAUGUUCUUCUGGGUGGUAUCUCAAAUGCUAAACACCUGAAGUUGCUACCUGAGAGUAAAACGUUCAUUUUCGCAAGAGAUUUAAAACACUGCCCUACAUUUACCAAGUUAAAGACUUUGUUGCUCAAUGAGUACUGGUGCGAGGGUCCUGAUUUGGAUCCGCUAGCUUGCAUUCUGAAAAAUUCACCAGUUUUAGAGAAGCUCACUCUUCAACUUUUUUCCACGGGACCAAAUCAUAAAGUGGUAAUCAAAGGAAGCUAUAGUUCAAUGGAGAGACCAUCUGCAAUAUCUGAGCACCUUAACAUGGUUGAAGUCAAGUGUAAUGUGAUCGACGACAAAAUUCUUAAAGUUUUGAAGUUCCUGACUACAUUCAACAUACGAUUCGGUUUCGUGUAAGGGCGAGAAGAUGUGGGCUGCCGAUGGAUCUGCAAUCCCUGGGCUAGAAAUACGAGGCCUAAGCAUAUAUGGUGCGACUAUGCUUCCGUCCUUUUUUGCUGGUGCAUCUUAAUUCCACUCAGAAAAACGGUGUAGAAUCCGUGAUUUAGCUUUACCGUAUCAUGUAGCAAUUUAUAUUACACCUCUGGUUCAUCUGAAUUGUUUCAGCUCUAUUACUCGGUAGCACUCUCAGCGUAUCCUGUAAUUUCUGCUGCACUUGUGGUUCUUGCUGAAUUUAUUCAGCUCCUGGACUGGUUAGACAAUAUUUGCUUUGUGUUUAUUUUGCCUCA